CUCCGCCCCACGCCUGGAUCACGCCCCCAGAGUGAUCGGCUGUCACGUGGGCCGCAGUGGGUGUGGCCACGGGAGACUGGGUAAGAUGGCGACAGUGCGGAGGGCUUUCCCGCGGAGACUGGUGGGCUUGGCGUCCCUCCGAGCGGUUAGCACCUCCUCCAUGGGCACUUUCCCCAAGCGGGUGAAGAUUGUGGAAGUUGGUCCCCGAGAUGGUCUGCAAAAUGAAAAGAACAUUGUGCCUACCCCGGUGAAGAUCAAGCUGAUAGACAUGCUUUCCGAAGCAGGGCUCCCUGUUAUUGAAGCCACCAGCUUUGUCUCUCCAAAGUGGGUUCCCCAGAUGGCUGACCACUCUGAAGUCUUGAAGGGCAUUCAGAAGUUUCCUGGCAUCAACUAUCCAGUCCUGACUCCAAAUAUGAAAGGCUUCCAGGAAGCGGUAUCUGCAGGUGCCAAGGAAGUAAGCAUCUUUGGGGCGGCCUCUGAGCUCUUCACCAGGAAGAAUGUGAACUGCUCCAUAGACGAGAGUUUCCAGCGCUUUGAUGGAAUCAUGCAGGCCGCACAGGCCGCCAGCAUCCCUGUGAGAGGGUAUGUCUCCUGUGCCCUUGGAUGCCCCUACGAGGGGAAGGUCUCCCCGGCUAAAGUAGCUGAGGUAUGGGAGUGAGCGUCGUGGACUCCUCUGUGGCGGGACUUGGAGGCUGUCCCUAUGCAAAGGGGGCCUCGGGGAACUUGGCUACUGAGGACCUGGUCUACAUGUUGACUGGCUUAGGGAUUCAAACGGGUGUGAACCUCCAGAAGCUCCUCGAAGCCGGGGACUUCAUCUGUCAAGCCCUGAACAGAAAAACCAGCUCCAAAGUGGCACAGGCCACCUGCAAACUCUGAGCCCUUGUUUGCCUGAGACCUGGGACUGUGGGAGGUGACAUGCACAAAUGAUUCCUUGAUGGGAGAAAUGGAAUGGGGACAAAUGAACAGGUGUCACGAAGGUCCUUCUAGACAGAAUGGGCCGGGGCUGACUGAUUAGCCUUGGAGCCUGGAAGUGUCCCUUCACAGUGGACCAGCUCUGCAGAGCUGAGUGCCUGAGCACUGGCUUGGGAUGGCCCUGGAUCUCCUGGGUGAAUCUGCUGACUAACAGAGCUGAUGUCCACCCUGCUGUGCCUGUGGGUCCUGUGCUCAGGGAACAGAGAACAGUUUUUCCCCAAACCAGCAGAGCAUUUGCUGAAAUGGUGGGGUUUGAUCUGCGAUGGUGGCCAUCUGCCAACCCCAGAAUCUUUGGGAAAUCUUCACUCUGUACGUGAUUUUUGAAAACAGCUUAUGUAAUUAAAGGUUUAAUUUUCUAAUAUCCAA